CCUCGAACGUAAUCGAGACGACACGGAUAAGAGAGUCGGCAAAUCGUAGUCGCUUUAAUUAAAACUGCUCCUUCGGAAUUGUCGAACCUGAACGACUGGAGCCCAAGUACCGUAGUUUGUGAGGUUCUGGUGCGCGAACAAUACAUCCAAUUUGUUAUCCAUUUUAGACACCGAGAAAAGUUCCUUACUGCCGAGCAGAAUUUUUCUUCGACAAGCUGAAUUGUUGUACGCUUCCUUCAACGAAGAACCGGGAUACAACGGAAGACAAACGGAGGGAUAAUAUAGGGUGAGAAUGGGCGGUGCAGAAUGGGGUGGCUGGUUGCAAAGGUGCCGAGAAUCGCGCAGGUUGAUCCUCGUGAUCGUCGCGAUCGCGCUGCUUUUGGACAAUAUGCUACUAACUGCGGUCGUUCCCAUUAUACCAGAAUUCCUGUACGAUAUCAAGCAUCCUAACGCGACUUUGAGUCAACAAUUCGAAGGGAGUGGCCAUGCUCGGGCUGCGAUCGCCUCCAAUUAUCGUAUACCGAAUGGAAUCAAAGCUACGUCGCCGAGUGCGAUCACGAGUUCAACUACGCCGAAAUGUCCUUGCGCCGUCAAUCGAUCGAACGACUCCCAAUUGGAAUUUCUUUACGCGACGAAUCUUCCCACCACCGAUUUCCCUGACAACACAGCCGUCAACAGCGAGGGCUUAUCGGAGGCGCAAGAAAAGGAGCAACGACACCGCGAACUGCUGGAAGAGACGGUCGCCGUCGGCAUAAUGUUCGCGUCGAAAGCUUUCGUACAGUUGCUCGCCAAUCCGAUCGUUGGCCCGCUUACCCACAAAAUCGGCUACAGUAUACCUAUGUUCACUGGAUUUAUCAUCAUGUUCCUAUCCACGUUGAUAUUUGCGUUCGGGCGAAGUUACGGUAUUCUUUUCUUGGCGAGGGCGUUGCAAGGUAUCGGAUCCUCGUGCUCGAGCGUCUCAGGCAUGGGGAUGUUGGCUGAAAGAUAUCAAGACGACAAAGAACGUGGAAACGCGAUGGGUAUCGCACUCGGUGGCUUAGCACUUGGCGUCCUCAUUGGUCCACCGUUUGGCGGUGUCAUGUACGAAUUCGUUGGAAAAUCCGCACCGUUUCUGGUACUUUCGGCAUUGGCCCUUGGCGAUGGAAUUCUUCAGCUUCUGGUGCUUCAACCGUCCGUCGUUUACACCGAAGCGGAUCCACCCUCAUUGAAGGCGUUGGUCACCGAUCCGUACAUCGUAUUGGCCGCAGGUGCUAUUACUUUUGCCAAUAUGGGUAUCGCUAUGCUCGAACCUAGUCUACCGAUUUGGAUGAUGGAUACGAUGGGUGCCAGUAGAUGGGAACAAGGUGCCGCGUUUUUACCAGCGAGUAUCAGUUAUUUGAUCGGUACGAAUCUUUUCGGACCGCUCGGACACAAAAUGGGCAGGUGGUUAGCAUCCUUGAUCGGCCUUGUAGUCAUUGGGAUUUGCUUGAUGUGCAUUCCGUUGGCUACGAGUAUCGAUCACCUGAUCGUGCCCAAUGCCGGUUUGGGAUUCGCUAUCGGAAUGGUAGACAGUUCGAUAAUGCCUGAACUAGGAUACUUGGUGGAUAUACGGCACAGCGCCGUUUAUGGAAGUGUUUAUGCAAUCGGUGACGUUGCGUUCUGUUUGGGUUUCGCAAUCGGUCCUGCAUUGAGUGGUACAUUGGUCAACAGUAUCGGAUUCGAAUGGAUGUUAUUCGGAAUCGCUAUUCUAAACUUUCUUUACGCUCCGUUGAUGUACUUCUUGAGGGCACCACCGACGAAAGAAGAGAAAAAGUCUCUGAUAAUUGGCGAGAAAUCGUCUGUGCGCUACGUAACGUACCAGAACGAGGAAGAGGAGCAAUAAAUCCACGGAUGCUUCUUUACGUACCGUUUUUCGUUUUCCGUAUUCUUCGUACGAAGAAACUAAUAAAUGGAUAUAGUACGCCAUUUUAGCGUUGAUCAUCAAUUGUCUGCAUACAUAUAAACGCUUCGUCCACCGGGAUGAAUUGGCAUGACCUAUAAUUACGCUUUGUCCUCGCUGUAAAAGUUCAAUGUUCGUUUAUACAUACGUUUUCCAAACGAACAGGUAAAAUCGAGUCGAUUUCGUUGCAAAUGCGAAUACAAUUUUUGUUUUCUGUUCAACCUCGAUGAUAAAAAUAUUUAGUAGUUUGAAAAAAAGCGUAACGAUCCAAGCAUGUAUAUCUUUGUUCGAUGCAAACUGUAUAUAUAAUAGAUACGUGUGCCAGUAGAUCGUAAUAAGUGUGUGCGUUCGAAAAAAAAGAAAAAAAGAAAAAUCUACGCGUCGACGAGAUAUUAAGAAAUAUUGUAUAUGUAUUUAUGUGUGCGUUGAUAGAUGCAUUUAACUAAUGCAACCGCGAUACAAAUGUCGCAUACAUGGACGUGUAUAGAGAUCAGACCGUGUUCGAUCGAUAUUCGUUCGUUGGAUCGUGUUCGAUGGUGUGGUAAACCGUAAAACGUCGCGACAUCUUCGGCCGCUCGUGAUGGGAAACUUUUGCUAAAAUUAUUAAAAUAUGUAUUUACUGCGAGGAGAACCGCCUAAUUUGGAUUCUUUGAAUGGCUGCAAGGAAACCAGCCGCGAAAACAGCGAUUAGGAGUUAUGAAGUGUUCUCCGAAGAAAUGUGAAAAUUCACAAUCAGGAAAAAAGUUACAAAAUUGAAAAUAGCGAACUUUCGCGUAUCUAAUAUGUAUCGGGUUUCCCCGGCGGAACGUUUCGCGGUCCUAGUGUUUUACAAAUAAUGGGAACGUCGACUUGGAUAGUUUUUCGGUGAUUCAAAUUACCGACGACGAACCACCGCUCGUUAUUGAUCCCCUUGACAACGAUCCACACGACUGUAGCAAUGAAUGCGAUGUUAUUGUUCAUGAAUAUGGUAGCGUCAGAUGUUCGUCGAAUUUGCAAAUUAUAUAUAGAAACACGAUUUGAAUUCGAGUCGGAUACUCGAACGAAGAAACAACAAACGUUGUGUUCCCGAUUGCGUUGGAUCUCUGAUAGGUUAAAUUAUUCGUAGAGAUAUCCUAAAUAGCACAUGACGCCCGAUGACGCCUUAGACGUAAAAUAGCCGUAAAACGGGCGUCUUCAAGUCGUCACGUGCUGUCUGGAAUACACACACAUAUAUAUCUAUUAAUGCAUAAAAUGCGAACAUAAGCGUUUAGGUGUCCAUUUUCUUGUUCCGAUAAUAGUGCCACGAGCACCCCAGCUAGAACGAUAUACAGAUAUGUACACGUGUUUAAUCUAGAAGAUGUAGAGUAGAAUCGUUCACAUAG